CAUGGGAUUAAUCAUAUUUUGGUUAUAAAAAUAUAAAAAAUAUUUAUUUGAGAGUCUUUACUGGGGCUUUAAAUGAAACGAGCAUGAGGACUUUUAUUUUGAAAUGUAAUUGGUAGAAGCGUGUUCUGGAUGGACAAACGCAGCCAUGGCACAUUCUUUGUUGUAAAUAGUUAAUUCUAAGUUUACGAUGUUUAGAGUAAAAGUUAAAAGUAGUUGUAUUUGUGAGCCGUUUACAUAGUUAACAUUAGACAGUUUAUCCUUAAACUUGUUUCGUCAGGCUGUUAAGAAACUAGAUACUUUUAUGCCAGAUUCUGGGAAACAACUUGUGACAACAGCAAUGUCCACAAUUAAAUGUGUGGUAGUUGGAGAUGGAGCCGUGGGUAAAACCUGCCUUUUGGUUUCAUUUACAAACAAGUUUCCAUCAGAACCAACAGUGUUUGAUAACCAAGCUGUGACUGUAAUGGUUGAUGGUGAACUGUAUAUCAUCAGAUUAUUUGAUGCUGCAGGUCAGGAUCAAUUACGACCCUUAUACUAUCCCCAAACUGACGUCUUCUUAGUUUGUUCUCUGUCGUCCUUUGAAAAUGUAAAAGAAAAGUGGGUGCCUGAGAUAACUUAUCACUCUCCGAAAAACCCCUUUCUGCUGGUUGGAACUCAGAUUGACCUUCGAGAUGAUCCUAUAACUAUUGCAAGGCUUGCAAAAAUCAAACAAAAGCCAGAAAAACUAGCCAGAGACUUAAAGGCAGUGAAAUAUUUUGAAUGCUCUGCUCUAACGCAGAAAGGACUCAAGAAUGUAUUUGAUGAGGCGAUAUUAGCAGCUCUAGAGCCCCCAGGGUCCCUGAAGACAUGCAAAUGUGUGGUUUUAUGAACUGGACACAGAAGCAUCAACAAAGACAAAUCUGGUUGUAAAUCAAUAGGAUUGUUUUAUUUUUGUACAGGUUUUUAUCAGGAAAGUAACAGUAGCUAUUGCUCACCAGGUUUUUUUCCCUGUCAUUUAACUUGGUACUCUUAUGACAUGAUGAGAUGAUAUUUGUGCAAAUUUUACUAUAGUGCCUUUAAGAGUUUAAUGACACUUCACAACAAAGAUAUGCAGAUAUGGUAGGAUAGAGCAGGGUAUGUUGUGCCACUUUUUAUUUAAUUUGUUUAAUAAGGAAGGAAAAUUUUGAAGUAAAUACUGUAAUUUAUGUGUGGAUGUCUUUCAUCAGCUUAAUUUAGAAGACUUUACAGAGCCAUAUGAAUAUGUCUUGUCUCAUGUUAGGGGUAAGUUGUGUUAUGUCAAGUUGAGUCACCGGGAAAUAUCUGAGAUAUUUGUAUUUCAAAUAAAAGUAUGACAAAAUCUUCCUUUAAAAAUAUUUAUAUUAUUUCAAUGUGGUGAUAAAAAUACACAUGGUUUUAUACAUUGGCACUUUACCAACAAGUAUAUACCUUUUUAUAUACCUAAGUAUAUAAAUUUUUAGACUAGGAUAAAGAGUGAAGAAAAAUGAUACAAAUUUUUUUUCUCAUGUUAUUUCUCUAGUGCGUGCGGCUGAAUAAGAUCGGCCCAAUUUAAAUAUUUGGUCACAUUAUGAAAAUUAAUUCAGGGGGCGAUACGUCUUUCCCACUGCUACAUUUUAGCUCACACCCCCAAUACUUUAGUUUUAUGCAAUUCUUUCAAACAGUAGCAGUUCCAUAUAAGCAAUUGUACAUAUUAAAAUAAGCAUUUAAAAAUGAUGACAAUAUGAAUAGACAUAAAUUCAUGUUAGAGGAACAUGUGGCAGGUUCAACGCAAGUGAUAAAUGACAAAAUUUACAUUUUGGGGUGGAGUAUCUCUUUAAUGAUGGCCCUCCUUAUUAACACAAAACAUGAAUGACUCCAUUUAAAGGGAUAGUUCACCC